CUUGCAUCUCUCUCUCUCUCUCUCUCUCUCUCUCUGUGAGGAAGUUUGAAGAAGGCUAUGGCAGUGGGAUUAGCAGUAGCGAGUGCUGUGGAGGGGAACUACAAUGGCCAUAUAACUUGGUUUGUCGUACUGUCAUGUCUGAUGGCAGGCAUGGGAGGUGUCAUAUUUGGCUAUGACAUUGGAAUUUCAGGUGGAGUGACCUCAAUGGAGUCGUUUUUGAAGAGGUUCUUCCAUGAAGUCUAUAUCAAGAUGACUGAAGACACCAAGAUCAGUAACUACUGCAAGUUCAAUAGCCAAUUGUUGACCUCCUUUACUUCCUCCCUCUAUAUCGCUGGCCUCUUUGCUUCCUUUUUGGCGUCUUUUGUCACUAGAGCGUUCGGACGCAAACCGUCAAUAUUGACAGGAGGUGCUGCAUUCCUCGCCGGUUCAGCCCUUGCAGGUGCAGCUUCCAAUGUUUACAUGCUUAUAUUAGGCCGUGCUCUGCUUGGUGUUGGGGUCGGUUUUGCGAAUCAGUCAGUUCCUCUUUAUCUCUCAGAAAUGGCACCGCCAAGGUACAGAGGAGCUUUCAGCAAUGGCUUCCAAUUUUCAAUAGGAAUUGGUGCUCUGUCAGCAAACCUCAUCAACUAUGGAACUGAGAAGAUUAAAGGCGGUUGGGGUUGGAGAGUUUCCCUUGCCGUGGGUGCGGUCCCAGCCUCAAUCCUAACACUCGGCGCGCUUUUCCUCCCAGAGACACCUAACAGCCUAAUCCAAAGCCACAAUGGACAAGAAAAGGCCAAUUCCAUGCUGCAACUCGUGCGCGGGACGCCCAGCAUUCAGGCAGAGCUGGAUGAUCUCAUCAAAGCAGACUUAAACACAAAAACCGUUUGCCACCCGUUUCGAACCAUCAGACAAGAGAAGUAUAGGCCUCAACUAGUCAUGGCAAUAGCCAUUCCAUUCUUCCAACAAGUCACGGGAAUCAACGUCAUUGCAUUCUAUGCACCAGUCCUGUUCCGAACCAUCGGCCUGGGGGAAAGUGCAUCACUCAUGUCCGCAGUGGUGACUGGUGUCAUCGGUUGCAGUUCAACUUUCAUAUCAAUGCUCAUAGUAGACAAGCUAGGCAGAAGAACAUUGUUCCUUGUCGGGGGCAUUCAGAUGUUUGUGUCGCAAUUGAUGGUCGGAGGAAUAAUGGCGGCGAAGCUAGGAGAUCACGGUGGAUUGAGCACAGGGUAUGCUUAUGUGCUAUUGCUGUCGAUCUGCAUCUAUGUUGCCGGAUUUGGUUGGUCCUGGGGGCCUCUAGGGUGGCUCGUUCCAAGCGAAAUAUAUCCGCUAGAGAUCCGAUCAGCGGGGCAGAGCAUUACGGUUGCAGUGAGCUUCCUCUUCACCAUCGCAGUCGCUCAAACAUCUUUAGCAAUGCUGUGCCACUUGAAGUCGGGGAUUUUCUUCUUUUUCGGGGGUUGGGUGGCUGUUAUGACUGCAUUCGUGUACCUGCUGUUGCCAGAGACCAAGAACAUCCCCAUCGAGCAAAUGGAUAGAGUUUGGAGGGAACAUUGGUUUUGGAAGAGAAUUGUGGACCAAGAGCAUGAGACGAGUAAACCGAAGGACCACGACCCAAAUUCAGCAUGAAUUCUCAUGGUCAUAAACUCUUUUUUCGUUAAAGUGAUCACUACUUUUUCUUUGGCAUAUUCAGCAGCAUUUGAACACGAUAUGUUCCGAAUGUUUAAGUCAUAUUCGACUACUGGAGCAAAGGAAAGUCAGGGGUCGACUCACAUAAGUCACGGGCACUCCAGAGCAGACACAACACCAGCAAGGUCCUCUCUUCUUAGAUUUGAGGGGAAAAGCAAUCGCAGAUGAUUCUCCAGCAGAACCCAUCUGUUCCAUCCCAUUCACUAGUUGGGCCUCAUUGGAUAAGCUGGGGCUCAAGAAGGAAAGUGUUUUGUCUGGCCCCCUUCAGUUUUAUGUUUCGUGCCUAGUGAACUAGGGUGGGUCCUGUGGCCGACCAGCAUGUCUGAUUCUUUCACGUUCCCUAUUAACUCGAUGUUCCCCAAGCCCGUUAGCGUCUUCACAUGUUUAACUCGUAAAUAACUUCACACUCGAUGCAUGUAAUAAUACGUGAAGAAUGCAUGGUGUGUUGUACCAAGAUAUGGUACAGACGGAGUGAUGCUUGGUAUUUUAAGAUUGAUUUGGUGAAAUUGAUGUAUUAAGUGAGACGGUAAAAUCUGACAUGAGAUUUACUUAUUCAAAAGUUUAUUAUUAA